UCAAAUCGAGAUCAUGGUCACAUGGUGCGUUUUGCAAGGGAAGUAACUUGUACAGCAAACACGCGUGUUGUGAAUCGAAAUGUGAUUUGCGUUCUAGUUUUUUUGAAAUUAAUUUUUAAUGUGAAAGUCUUUCAGCAGGCGAAAUUCUCAAUUAAUAUUCAUGUGGAGGAAGCGCGAGGUCUCUGCAAAUGCAUUAUAGAGCGGAAGCACAGCUUACAAGUCGAUGGUCACAUGUUUAGACGUCCAGGUGUGUUUUGGAAAGGUGAUGGAUGGGGAUCCAGCUGGAAUGAAUGUGUCACAGCAGUCAUCAAGCAUGGAAGUGAAUGAGGAUAUGGAUACCAAAAGUGAAAGUGAGCAUCAGCCAUCAAAAGAUGCUUUGAUUGACAUCAGCUUUUGCGGAUCCACUCCUCUGUUGUGGAAAGUGUCGGACAUGAAAAGGUGCAGAUCCGCGGGUGUGAUCGGGGCUCUGGUGGGCUCUCUGGCCCGGCAGCCUCGGCAGAACGUGCGGCUGGGGAGACCGCUGGAGCUCCUGCAGGAGGAGGCGCUGCUGCUGGAGGAGACGAGCACUGCUGCUGCUUCACUGCAAACUCAGGAUUGUGGAGAUGAGGAGGUGCAUUUGGAGGCUGUGAGACAGUAUGAGGCCGGUCUGGAGAGCAGUUAUAAGGAGCAGUGCGCUCUGGCCCUGGAGGACAAGAAGACAGUGCUGAGGAGAAUCAUGGAUGAGAAGGAGAAUGGCACCGAUGACUCUGGCAAUGCAAUAAGAGACCGUCUUAAUGCACUGGACCAGGCUUUCCGCUUCCCAUUGCCGGCCAUGGCGGUUCAGCUCCAUACUGCCCGUGCCGGCUUCAGCCACUGUCCGGAGGAACGCAGUUUCCAUUCCACUGAUUGGCCAGUGCCUAGAGACGAACGCUUGAACACUAGAUUCUGCGUGUACAGAGAUCUAAGACAUAAAGGCUUCUACCUGACCUCCGCAGGGAAGUUUGGAGGAGAUUUCCUGGUAUAUCCAGGUGAUCCUCUGCGUUUCCAUGCUCACUUCAUUGCAUUAUGCAUCUCCAUGGAUGAAGAGUUACCUCUCUCUGAUAUUCUAGCGAUAGCUCGUCUGGGCUCUAAUGUGAAGAAAACAGUAUUGCUUUGCUCUCCACGGAGCCGCAGCGAGACCGAAAAGGAUGAGAGUGUGGAGGGUGAUGUGGUGUAUUCAUCGCUGCAGUGGAGUUCUAUGGUGUAACAACACAAACGUAGUUUGCUGGAUUUGAUCUGAUAGUCAAGAGAUGAUGCUUUUCAGAAACUAAGUGUGCCUUUUGAUGUGUGUGUGUGUGUGUGUGUGUGUGUGUGAGGUUUCAACUUGCACGAAGAGCUAUGCAGAGAGAGGAUAUUACAUCAUCUAAUAAAUUUUGUGUUUUGA